UUCAUCACUGCAGUUUCUUUCAUAUUAUAUCGAAAUGUCGGUGGAUAAUUUUUCUAGUUUUAAUAUUAAUCGUUGGCAUGUAUGCAAAGAUAUAGAUCCAAAAUUUUUUCUAUUGGACGGAGUGGAUGAUACUUCAAGUCCAGUGAUUGAAAAAAAUCCAGGAAAUCAAAAUAAUGCGGAUGCCGCACCUUCGGCAGAAAAUUGCUUACUAGUUGAUAUAUCAGAUGCCUUGUCUGAGAAAGAUAGAGUUAAAUUCACAGUUCAUACAAAAACUUCGCUUAGUGGAUACAAUAAGCCUGAAUUUUUUGUAGUUAGGCAACAUGAAGAAUUUAUUUGGUUACAUGAUAGGUUUGAAGAAAAUGAAGAAUAUGCAGGUUAUAUUAUUCCACCAGCCCCACCGAGGCCAGACUUUGAUGCCUCUCGAGAAAAAUUGCAACGUUUAGGUGAAGGAGAGGGCAAUAUGACUAAAGAAGAAUUUGCCAAAAUGAAACAAGAACUAGAGGCAGAAUAUCUUGCUACUUUCAAAAAGACUGUUGCUAUGCAUGAGGUUUUCCUCACCCGCUUAGCAGGGCAUCCAGUAUUUCGUAAUGAUUCACAUUUGAAAGUGUUUUUAGAGUAUGAUCAAGACCUUUGUGCACGUCCAAAAAGGAAAAUGGAAUAUCUUGGAGGAUUGGUUCGAUGUCUAGGUAAAACAACUGAUGAACUUUAUCUUGGUGCUACAGUAAGGGACGUUAAUGACUUUUUUGAAACUGAGUAUAAUUUUUUGGGUGAAUAUCAUUCUAAUUUAAAGGAAGCAGCACAAAGAACUUCCAAGAUGACUAACAAACAUAAAGAAAUGGCCGAUUGUUACAUUAAAAUCUCAUGUGCUUUAAAAGAAUUUUCUAUUACUGAACAUGGAACAGGUAGUUCUAUGGAGAAGUUCCUAGCAAAAACUGCAGAUAUUUUUGAGAAAGCUAGGAAAAUAGAAUGCCGAGUGGCUAGUGAUCAAGAUCUGAAGCUAGGUGAUACUUUACGCUAUUAUCAAAGAGAGAGCAAUGCAGCUAAGGCAUUGUUAAUUAGAAGAUUAAGAUGUUUGGCAGAAUAUGAGACUGCAAAUAGAAAUUUAGAAAAGGCUAGAUCAAAAAAUAAAGAUGUUCAUGCGGCGGAGACUGCUCAAACAAAAGCUUGUGAAAUGUUUGAAUCAAUGUCAGCUCGUGGAAAAGAUGAGCUUAUUGGUUUUCGUGCUAGAAGAGUAGCUGCCUUCAAAAAAAGCCUUGUGGAAUUGGCAGAAUUGGAAAUAAAACAAGCUAGAUCUCAACAUGAUUUACUGCGUAAAUCUUUAUUAAGUCUUAAGGAAUGUGAAUAAUAUAUGAUUCGGGCUGAGGAAUAGAGAAAUGGACAUAAUGAUAAUAAAAUAUAAGUUAAUCACCAAAUCAAUUAUUUUAUAAUAUAUUCCAUUUAAUUAUUUUGUAUUAUGUUAUUAUAUGUAUAUUAUAAUUGAAAAUGUGUCAUGAUAAUCUGUACUGGAUCACAUUUUAUUCUUGUUGAAAAUUGAUA